CUCACCUUCAGAAGAAGAGAAAGCGAAAACAAGCGAAGAAGAAGAAGACGAAGGCGUACAAUUUCUAUGACAGAUGGAUCAAAAAAUUCCUUAUGAUGACUACCAACUGCCAGUUGUGUUUCUGCCCUCCUAUGAAAAUCCUCCUACAUGGAUUCCUCCUCAGGAUAGGAUAAAUCACCCUGAUUAUAAUAAUGAGCUUACGCAGUUCCUGCCACGCACCAUCAUCUUAAAGAAGCCUCCUGGAGCACAGCUGGGCUUCAAUAUCCGAGGUGGUAAAGCGUCCCAGCUUGGUAUCUUUAUCUCGAAGGUGGUGCCGGAUUCUGAUGCUCACAGGGCAGGACUACAGGAAGGAGAUCAGGUGCUAUCGGUUAAUGAAGUGGACUUUCAGGAUAUAGAACACUCCAAGGCUGUGGAGAUUCUGAAGACAGCCAGAGAAAUUGUGAUGAGAGUGCGCUAUUUCCCUUACAAUUACCAGAGACAGAAGGAGAGGACAGUACACUAGGUGGCAGAGACGUGCCGAAGAUUGACGUUUUGCAGUGUGGCUUUCUGAGGCACUGGAUUUCUGAGGAGUUGAUGAAUAUGCAAUGCACCAUCAGCAUCCCAGCUGUUAUCUUUUACUCACGCUGCAUUCAUCAUUCAUGUGCUACUAGAGGUAUGAAGAUAUUAGCGUAUAUACCUGGGAAAUUCAGAGAAUUUAAUGAACUUUUAUUUUGCCAACCCAGCUUUGAGAUUCUUCACAUAGACACUACCUCACAUAUACUUGUAGUGCAAAUAUAUUGCUUCUGUUACUUUCCCAUGCAAGUAAGAAACAGUAUUUGAUACAGGAAAGAACAACACCAUAAAGAUGCACUGGAUGCGAUUAUUGCACUGUCGGAAACAGUUAACAAAAACUGAUCUACAUGGUCAAAUGUUUGUGGACAACUGCCCAUAACACCCUUAUGUAAGUCUUCCCUAAACUUUUGCCACAAAGUUUGAGGUGCAUAAUUGUAUCAGAUGACUUUGUAGGUUGUGGUAUUAUUAAAGAAAUUCUCUUUAAUGGAUCUAAGGGACCUAGUCCAAACCUGUUCCAGCAUGACAAUGCCCCUGUGCAUAAUUUGGAGUCCAUAAAGACAUUGUUUGCCAAGGUGGGAGUGGAAGUACUGGAGUGGCCUGCACAGCAUCCUCAGCUCAGCCCCACUGAACACUGUUGGGAUGAACUUCAAAGCAGACACUUAUAGUGUCCAACCUCAUUAAUGCUCUGGUGCCUGAAUGAUGGCUAACACAAAUCACUACAGCCAUGCUCGCUCUAAAACACAGGAGAAAACCUUCAAAGUAGCCAACAGAAAAUCAACUCUAUAUUACUGCCCAUGGUGAUUUAGUGGGAUGUUCAGAAAAUGCAUAAGGGUGCAGUGGUCAGUGGUUCACAUACGAUCAGCCUUGUGGUUUAAUUGCAUUAUGGAGUCCACUUGGAAAGUAUUGGAGCAGCAAGGCCAGUUCUUUUGUUUUGUUUUGCUUUGUUUGUUAUACACUGAAAACAUUUAGAUUUGAGUUCAAAAUAUAAAUGAGACAGUAGAUCUGCAUUUCACUUCCUGAGAAUUACUUCUAGAUAUGUUAAACAAUUUAGAACAUAGCGCCUUUGGUGGUAGAUCACCCAGUCUGUGGGUGAGCAUGUUUUAGUGGGUUUCUCCUUUUAACAAAGUGAAAUGCUGCUCAGUUGGGUUAAAGUCUGGCGACUGACCUGGCCAGUGUAAAACCUUUCAUUUACUUUCCUUGAUGAAGUCCUUUGUUGUGUUGGAAGUGCGUUUUGGGUCACUGUCCUGCUACAUAAUGAUGAAGGUCCUCCCAGUUAGAUUGGAUUCUAAGACAGAAUGUUUCACAGCUCUCAACAACUGUCUGUCAAACAAAUGCAGUCUUCACAGGCUAAACCCAGGCCUCAAACCAAGAGUUGUCAUUUAGAGCUUUUAAUUGUUGAAACAUGUUAAACAAGCAAUUGUUUAAAAUUUGACAGGACACAGAUGGACAUCAAGAAACACCUGUUGGUCACAUCUUCUGGUAUUUUUAUUCACUGGAUCAACAAUUUUAAAAAUCAGUGGCUUCCAACCAAAGGUGCAUGUUCUAAGCUGUUAAAUAUAUCUAGAUGUAAAUAUCAGCAAAUAAAAAAUGAAAUUCUCGUAUUCAUUUUUUUUUUUUUACCCCCCCAAUCUCAAACCCAAAUGGGUUUGCCGUUCCAAUACUUUCAGAGGAGAUGGUGUUUUUUUAAACUAGGCACAGAUUUGUCAGACUCCAGUCUGGGAGCCCCACAGCCUUUUAGAGUUUAGCAGUGUCUUUAGCUAUUAAUCAGCUAAUCACCAAGGCCAUCAUAGGCUGAAUUUAUGUUUGGAGAUGGUGUUUAAGCUUGCUUAGGACCAUGGCACUGUUGGAUAGCUUUUCUCUACACACCAAGCGUAAAGAAAGAUAACUUUCUCUGUAUUGCUUUGAGCUCACGGUUUUUGCUUUCUUUUGACCACUACUCAUACUAGGGCAUUAUUGCACUACCUACUGACAUGGAGGGGUAUUUGCAUUACUCUGCCAGUCACUACAUUGCACAGGCUCUCAACAAAUUAAUUCCAAUAACUAAAUAAUCAUUUUUUGGACCAAUCAAGUGUAAUUGGAUAAUUGCCCAUGGCACACCUGACGAUCUCUCAUGACACACUUGUCUGUCAAGUAAUAUAAAGCUCCUUUAUGUGUAAAAACCAUGUCAUGUCCACAAGACAUUUGGCAAACGUUCAACGUCUUUAUGUGCAGGUGAGUAUCAUAUAAUAGGAAAUUUCCAUGACCCAGUUAGUUUAUUUCAGUAUUCUAUAGCAGUACCACAGCAAGUUAGCCUACAUUCCUCUGUAAUGUGUUAGCAGCAUUACUGCACUCAUGUUCAGUAAUAACUUUGUAAAUCAAAGACUACUGUUCUACAUGAGUAAAAUUAUGUUUACUAUCAUGCAUGUACUUUUUGAGAAUUGUAUAAAGUUAACAUGCUUAAACAUCGUAACAUUAGGAUACUUUAUACAUCGAAGUAACCUAAAUCAGACAGACAGUUGGUGCCUUUUGUUUGUUUGCUGUUUGUUUUUACCAGGGGCAGGUACUGCUGAAAAUUCACACCUUCGUUCAUUGGUCUGUAAUAUAGUAAUUAAAAAGUUAACAAAGGUAUCAUAAAAUUCACCCAACAACAGAGAACACUGAGUUGGCCAUCAGUAAAUUAGUCUAAUAUAGACUAAUAUAUAUAAGUCUAUGUACAUCCUGCUGAAACCAAAUGUUUACUUACACCUAGGCUAAAGACAUUUAAGCUUAGUUUUCACAACUCUACACAUUUACACAUAUUGUUAUGGAUUUCCUGUGUUAAGUAACAUUUUUAUCUUCUAUGUUUUUGUAAAUAGGUUGUUUCAAAAUAAUAGCGAAGAGACAGAUUUGUUUUCAUUUUUAUUUUCUGUAUCGGAUUUUCAGUGGGUCAGAAAGAUUAUUUUGUUAGUAAUUUAUUUGUCUUUUAAAAUGCUUAACCUAUAUUGAAUGCCUAAACUAGCCUUUCACAAGCUUCUCACAAUGAUUUAUCAGGUUUGUGGCCUUCCUUUGCUCAGACAUGAUUUUUCAGUUCAGUCCACAAAUUGGUAUUCAGGUCAAGGUUUGUGAUUGCAACUCUUAAUACUUUAACUUUGUUGUCUUUAAGCUGCAUCAUAUUUUGGGUUUAAUGGUACUGACCAGGUUUUACCUUUCUGGCUGAUUGCUUUAGUAUUGCUAGAAAAUUCUUCAUUGUCAUUAUGCCAUCUAUCCGCAAAGCUUUCUCAUAACAUGAUGCUGCCACUCCCAUGCUUCACAGCUGAGUUUCUGUCAGGUUUUCUUCAAAUUUUAUAGGAUAAACCUUCUUCCUCCAUACACUACACUGAUCAUUAUAGGUUUAUUAUUUGUUAUUAUUAUUUAUUUGUUCAUCUGACCAGAGAGCACUGGUGAUCCCCAACUUUAGUCUGGCUUUUUAUGCCACUCUUGUAGUAUGGUCUGCUUCUUUGUGCAGCAGCCUUUCAGGCCAUAGUGGAUGAAGGAAUCUCUUGAUGGUGGAUUUUCAUAGUUACCAUGGUACCUGAUGCUACUGACUCCUUCAUCAGUUCCUUUCUUGUUGUUUUGAGGGUUCAUUUGAACCUUUUAGAACGAAGUUGGUUCAUUCCUGGCAUUUGGAGGGUUUUGUGCCUCCUUCCUGAACGAUAUAAUGUCUGUGUGAUUUAUAGUUGUAUACAGGUGUUUGUACUGAUGCUUGUGGUACCUUCAGUUUUGUGGAAAUUGCUCCUAAGGUGAAACCAGACUUUCUCAGGCAACAAGGCACCGUCUCUUAAGGUAGGUUGUAAAAUAUAGCCACAGGUUCACUCCCAACUAUCUCCUAAUUAUUUAAUUCAAUUCAGUUUAUUUGUAUAGUGCUUUUAACAAUGGACAUUGCCCAAAGCAGCUUUACAGAAGUAUAGAAACAGGGGGAAAAUAAUUAUAAAAUUUAAAAAGUUACUAUUUAUCCCUAAUGAGCAAGCCUGAGGUGAUGGUGGCAGGGGAAAAACUCCCUGAGAUGAUAUGAGGAAGAAACCUUGAGAGGAACCAGACUCAUAAGGGAACCCAUCAUCAUUUGGAUGAAAGUUAUGCCACUGGCUAAUCAGUAGCUUCUAGAAGACAUUAGCUACAAAUUUCAAUCUGUUUAAAGGGACGGUCAAUUCAGUGUAACAUUUGACCCACUGGAAUUCUGAUACAAUGAAUUAAAGCUGAAAUAACUUUAUUAACAAAUUGUCUCUGAUGUGAGAAAAAGGGGUUGAAUCUUUUUUUAUUGCAGUCACACUGUGCUAGAUCACACCAAUCACACCUCUUGAACCAGUUACUGGUUUUCUCACCUACUUUAAAGAACCAUACCCAAGUGGAGAAUGCACAAGGGUUCAGUUAAAAUUGACUAAACACGGCAUAUGUGAAAUGCAAUCUGUCAGUCUUCAUUGCUGCUUAAUCUUUCUGAAGCAGCAAGUAUAAUUCUAUGCCUCAGCAUAAAAGUGAAGGGCAACAUUGUUUGUGGAUUACGUGUCCAAGGGACUGUACAUAAAUAGAGAAGAGUUGGGACUAAAUACAGACCUGCGGAACAGCAUACUAUUCUUUCGUAAGCUCUAAAGGAUCUCCAUUGCUCCUAGCAGACUUGUAAGAACUUGCCUAUUAACUGAGAGUAUUUUGCAUCCCCAUCAUAAUAUUGUAGUCACUAGUGUCAAAUGCUGCACGACGGCACCAAAACAAACACAUUUCCACAAUCUGAGGCAACAGCAGAUCUCUCUGACUAUUUUUGCCAGUUUUAUAAUGAGAUGCAAUGAAUAUUUAGGCUGUUUUGUUGUGAGGUCGUGAUUUGUACAUGGUGAGGAUUUAAUACCAAAGUUUACACAAUUCAAAACAAAGGGUGAUUAAUAUCUAGCUUCAUGACUGUAAAAUAUAUUGUGGCUAUAAUGUGAUUAUUAGAUAUACAUGCAUUUGGUUAUUAGUUUAUAUUUAAUGACAACAGUGGGACUCCAGGAGUCAGGUAAUAAUCAGAUUUCAUGUUGUAGUGUUGCUACAACAAAAGCUAUUCAUUUACUUUCCAGUAGUGAUAAGGCUAAGCGUUUAUAGUCGCUGUGUUGUAGUUUUCUGUCCCCUCUCACUCUUCAUAUGGCUGCUUCGGCCCUCUGGGACCAGAGUUUGACACUUCUGACCUAGCUGAUGGAUGUUAUGGAUCUAAUGUAUGUAUGUGUAUGUGUGUAUAUGUGUAUAUAUAUAUAUAUAUAAAAUACACACACAUAUAUGAUCAUGUUUCAGACUGUAACUGAUCUGUAUUAUCUCUCUUAUUUUCUCUCAUCAUAAAUUUUCAACUUAAUAUCCUGCUGAUUGAAAUGAUGCUACUGAAAGAUAAAACCUACAUAACUAUCUUUACUAAUUAAGGACAAUUAUCACCAGCACAUAUAUAGAAUUGAUAUCUACUGUGAAGAGAAAUUCAUUCAUAAAUUGUGGUCAAAUCCAGAAUGCUUGGACUUUGAUGCACUUUACAUUGGAUGGUAACUCUUCUUGAUGUGUAAACAUUUUUGUACCUGGCAUUAACUGACAUUCUCGUAUCUACACUUUUCAGUAAAUCGUUUGUGCUCUUCAGUAUAGAAUCUUCUGUGAAAUAGCAUUAUGGGGAGUGUGCUCAACACUUCAGUGUUUCAUAGAUUAUGUAUGUUUGCAGAAUUUGUUGUGACAUAAAUAAAGACUUACUAAAUCUUAAA